AUGAUGGAACAGCUCAGGGUAGCCAUUGUCACCGUGAAUUCUACCCGGGUGGAUGCCGGAAUGGCUGAAGGACUUUCUACCUGGAUCUCAGCAGCGAUGAACCAUUUGAAGGAAUGGGCGGGUUUAGGAGCUAAGCUGGUCUCAUGUUCCCAGCAUGGCAUUGAGAGGGUCCAGUCCAACUGCUCCUUGAGUCCCAUGCAGUACCUGGCUGAUGACAAGACAUCUGCUCAGGUUUCCUUGGCUGAAGGACACAAGUUUGACCGGGAUGUGGAACUCUUGAUUUAUUACAAUGAAGUGCACAGCCCCAGUGUAGCCGUGGAGAUGGGGAUGCAGGACAUGAAGCCAGACAGUUUAAUGGGAGCUCCUUCUGCAAUGGUGAGCUUUUAUCCAGAUGUCCCAGAAAAGGAGGUCACAAAGGCCUGUGGAGAAUUUGUGUUCCUCAUGGACCGCUCUGGAAGUAUGGAAUCCCCGAUGAACAACCAGAAGGAUUCUCAGUUACGUAUAGAAGCUGCCAAGGAAACUCUGUUGCUGUUGCUGAAGAGUUUGCCUAUGGGUUGUUAUUUUAACAUCUACGGAUUUGGAUCUUCCUUUGAAAAAUUCUUUCCGGAGAGUGUGAAGUACACUCAGGAAACAAUGGAGGAGGCAGUGGAAAGAGUUAAGGACCUAGAAGCAAACUUAGGGGGAACUGAAAUCUUGAAACCACUACGCAAGAUUUACAAGGCACCCUCUAUUCCUGGCCAUCCCUUACAGCUGUUUGUCUUUACUGAUGGAGAAGUUAGUGACACAUUUACUGUCAUUAAUGAAGUUCUGUUUAACAGCAAAAAGCACAGAUGCUUCUCAUUUGGUAUUGGAGAAGGAGCCUCCACCAGUUUAAUCAAAGGCAUUGCCCGGGUAACAGGGGGCACCGCAGAGUUUAUCAUAGGCAAGGACAGGAUGCAGACCAAGGCUCUUGGGUCUCUGAAAUUAGCUCUGAAUAGUUCAGUGGAUGACAUUUCUCUGAGCUGGGAUUUGCCUCCUGGUCUGUCAGCUUGCAUACUUUCUCCAGAGCAGACUGCCAUUUGUAGGGGUCAGAGGUUAAUCAUCUAUGCCCAGCUAACUGGGACUAUGCCUCAAGAAGAGAGCUCAGGAGAAGUGUGCUUCAAGUACACCUUCAAGGGUAGGAGUCUUGAAAACAGGGUGAAAUUUUCCUUACAACCCAAGACAAAUGCCAGCUUCACUAUUCAUCGGUUGGCUGCAAAGUCGUUGAUCCAGACCAAGGAUUUGGGCUUCCAUGAGACUUCAGAAAGAGUGAAAAAGGAUGUGGCAAGCAUCAGCAUUCAGUCUGGAGUCCUCAGCUCCUUCACAGCUUUCCUUGCCAUAAACAAGGAGCUCAACCAGCCAGUACAGGAGCCGGUCGCUCAAAGGGAGAUUCCAAGGCCUGUCAUGUCUACAUCACACUGUUCAUAUAAAGUUAAGCUUUGUGGCAGGAAAGGCUCAGUCAGGAGAAUGUUACAGCAAUGUGCAGCAGCUGAUCUUAAACUUGGUGAACCCGAAUUUGAAAGUCCUAGGAAGAGAAACGCAGAAUUCUUUAGCGUGACAGAAAAGUCAUAUUCUCCCACCAAGAAAAAUGACGAUAAAGGUUUUGGAGAGAAUCUUUUUAUGCAACUGAUUUCACUCCAAAAGGGAAAUGGGUCCUGGGAACUGGAUGAGGAUCUGACCAAGAUCCUGUGCACUAACUUGGAGGACAUCAUGACUGCAAACCCUGUCAAGGAUGGGGACCCCUCAACCUGGGCCACAGUACUGGCUGUACUCUGGCUGCAUGCCAACAGCGAGGACUUGAAGUGUGAAUGGGAACUUCUGGAAAGGAAGGCUGUGGCCUGGCUUCAUGACCAUGCAGGUUCCUCCAUCCCCAUGCUCGUGCAAGCUGGCAGUAAUCUCUUGAAGCUACCUGUGACCCCAGCUGUCUUUGGCUUCUGAGGAUGACACCCAUGAUCAAGAGUGUUUCCUGGCUACUACCAAUUCCCUCACUUUCUCUUUGGCUGAGAUAACUUUUAGGUUCUAUCUUUACCUUCUUCUUUCUUCUUUCCUCUUCCUCUUCCUCUUCCUCUUCCUCUUCCUCUUCCUCUUCCUCUUCCUCUUCCUCUUCCUCUUCCUCUUCUUCUUCUUCUUCUUCUUCUUCUUCUUCUUCUUCUUCUUCUUCUUCUUCUUCUUUUUCUUCUCUUUCUCAUUAAAGGGCUUCCCCCACAACCUUGCUUAUCUAUUCCAAGUCCCUUUGGAUCUGAUCUUCUGCCCCCAUUAGUUCCUCUGUGAGAAGUUAUCAUGGUCCCUUACAUGUUUUCUUCAGUGCAACUUUUAUUUUAUGCAUAUGCAGAAUGACACCUGAAGUUUUCCAGAGAAAUUACAAUAAAACAGGUGGAUGGAAUCUUGAGUAAAAAUUGUAGCAUAGAUUCUGGACAAUGCCUGAAUUAAUAAUCUGUAUUAUUGUCAUAUACUCAGUUUUGUUCUUGCAUGAUUGAAGAUCAUACUAGUAAGGUUUAUGUUCAUAAGAACAGGAAUUGGAUGAAAGUUGAAAAUAAAAAUCAGUACAACAAAUACAGCAAUAUAACAAAGAGACAGACCAAAGCCAGACAUUGCCCGUUUCAGAACUGCUAUGGAGAUUUUUGAAUUGGUUCCAUUUAUAUUUUUGACUAUAAUACAGGUCUUUAUUUCAAUUUCCUAACUUCCUUGCAUUAAAUAAUACUAGGAGAUUAGUGUUUUUACUUAAUAUCUAAACAUCUUGUGAGAUGGCUGCAAAGUCCUCUGACCUAGCCUAUGCUAUGAGGUUUUUAGCCAGGCUCAAUGCAAGUGUUAAAGAACAGCUUGGAUUACAAAAAAUAAAGAAUAGCUAGGAUUUAAAAUGACUGUGUCAAUCAGUGUUUUUCCUCUAUUCUUUUCUCUCACUAUAACAAAAUAUUUGAGAAAAUUAACAAAAGAAAGAAAAGAUGUUAGAUAUGGGUUGAUCAGUGGGUAAACUGCAAACACGCAAGCCUGAUGGUCCCCGUUGGGAUCCUCAGAGUUUGUAUAAUAAGAUGGAUAUGUUAGAGCUACCUCUAAUCCUAGCAUUUACAGACACAGACAGAAGAUUCCAGGAGCUCAUUGAGAAGCCCAUCUAGACAAUAGUGAGCUCCAAGCUCAGUUAGAAACUGUUUCCCAAACAAGGUGGAAGUGAUAGAGGGAACCCUCAUUCUUUCCUCGGCAUUUUCUCUGAUAACUGUACUGUAGAUUGCAAAUGAAUGAGUUUAGUAAGUCUACAAGAGGUGAAAGUAAAGGAACAAUUAGCAGACAGCACAUGGACAACAAAAUGUUAUCAAAUCUGGAAUUUGUAACAUACUUCCGAAGUGACUAGCCGAGCCUAGUUGAGAAGACCUACUGGAGUUACUGACAUAUCAUCUUAGACAGAGAUUUUGUGUAAGGCUGCUAAGUAAAAGAUGAAAUUCAAUGUAUCAGAUAGACAGAAAAACAUCAUUAACUUGGGUGUUCGCAGCAUCUAAUAGAAAUGACUGGAGAGGCUUUGCUGGAAGUCAUGCUGGAGUUCCUGAUCCAGAUGUCCCUAGGAGACCAUCUGUAUGUAAGAACUUUCAGUGUCUGUUUCUCACUGUGAGCAUUUCUAUUGCAUGGACUAAGGAAUAGUAACCCUGGUAGGAAAUGGUUUUUUCCCAUACAUGUUCUCAGAAUUCCAUUGUUUUUAGUACCUUUAGCUGUUUGCUAUUUUUCAUUUUUCUCUGUCUCAGUUCCAGUGUACUAGCCUACUCUUGGACAAGGAGUCUUGGAGGACUGGGAAUAAACAGUGUCAUCUGUGGGACAAAAUAGAUCCAUCUUGUUCACAGAGCCUUCUCUCAGCAAGCACAAGCAACACAUGACAAUUUACCAAUAAAAUUUAUAGUAUAAUACCCAAUGUCCACACUCAACUUGUAAACAUGCACCACCUACACACAGACACAGAUCCAUAGAACCCCUGCCCCCAACACAGAGGUGCGUGUAGCCACAAAGAAAAAGGAAAGACUGAUGUGGGUGAGUUGAUUUAUAAGUUUCAAGGCUAUUAGAGGCAUAGAUCAGAAUAUUGGGGUACCAGUUGAGAUUUCUAGGUUCCUCUGCUAGGGAAAGAAUUGGAUCAGAGAUAGAUGAAUUGUGAUAGAAAUAAAGGCAGUUUGUUUACAUGAAUGAAUGAAUGAAUGAAUAAAUAAAUAAAUAAAUAAAUAAGCAAGAGUACUCCAGGGAUGGAAGUAAGCUAGUGAGCUGGAAAAAGACAGCUGCUCAGUAUAAACCACAGGGGUAGUUCUGAGUCUGUAUAAAAUAUUUACGUAGCACCAGGAAUCCUUAUGUGUAUUGUGUCCCUUAUAUAUAGCUUUGGUAGAAAAUGAUACCCAGUCUUUCUGCUUUAAUAUGUGGAUACUUGUGCCAGUCUCCUCAACUCCAGUCCCCUGCCUCAACUUCCCAUCAAGAACUGUGGUACAAGAAAUCUUUUGAGAGAGUUGAAAGGUGAUAAUCAAUUUUCUGUUACUUACAUAUUGAUGAAGGGUGCUUCCCCUGUCUGAGAUGUACCACAAUACUCUCUAUCUCCUUCAUCUAUUAGGGAGAGAAGACUGAAUUUUCUGUGUAGGAACUUGCCUGAGAUCUUUGUAUCACAAAGAGCUUAAUUUGACACUGCCAUGUGACCUACAAAAUCAAGUUUAACAGAUUAAAGAUAGCAGUUCUAAAGCAGAGAAACGUGGUUACACGAAUUAAUGACUCCCUGAAAACCAAAGCAUAAGAACCAGUGAAUGAAUAGUCAUGUUUGUUCCAGAAGAUUCCAUAUUAGAGAGUUGGAGUGCAAAACACACCCCUCCAUAUCUGCUCAUGUAAACAUCCCUAGUUAAACAAUAGGCAGAGCUCAGGAAUCCUGCAGCAGAGGAAAAAGAAAGAUUAUAUGAGCCAGAGGGCCCAACGACACCACCAGAAAACUCAUAGAAUCAGUUAACCUGAGCGGAUAGGUGCUCACACAGACUGAAAUGACAACCAGAAAGCCUGCAUGGGACUGACUUAGGCCCUGUGCAUAUAAGUGACGGCUGUGUAGCAUAGCCAACCUUUUCUUUCCAUCUGCAGGCCAGUCAGUUCCCAAAUGAAAACUGGAAACUUAUCAAAAGAAGACUGGAAAUUAUUAUUAUAUAUGAAUAUCUGACCUCAGAUCAGCUUAUUCCUUGCCUACUUUUCUAAUUUAAAUAAUCCUGUUUCUCUCUAAUCUACAUUUUGCCUCAGGGCCUUUUACCUUCCUUUCCUUUUAUAUGUAUUACUUUCCUGCUAUUUCAAUAUCUAUCUGUUUGUCUGACCCCUAGAGCCUCUGUCUCCUUGUCCUCCAUCCUUCUCCUUUUGUUCUCCAGCCUAGAUUACUUUUUCUAUUUACUAUCUCUGCAUGCUAGUCCUGUCUAUCCUUUCACUGCCCAGCUAUUGCUUGUACAUCUCUUUAUUAGGCUACUCAGAUGCCUUAGGCAGGCAAGGUUAACAGGUUUUCAUAAUUAAACAAAUGUAACUCAUCUGUACACAGUUAAAGUAAUAUUCUGGGGCAGAAACAUGUUAAUGCAACACAGUUUAAAUGAUUCUCCGCCACAGUGUAGCUUGGUUCUCUUGUGGAACUCCCAGUAGUGGAAACAGGCUCUGCCUCUGACUUUCACUGGCUUUUGGGACCCUACUCCUCAUAUUAUCUCAUUAUCUACAUGAGAUAAUCAUC